AUGUCAGCAUUUGGUAUUUACGACAUCCCAGCGACUCUGACUUUUCAAGAUUAUCUAAGCAUAUGUCAAUGCGCCAGAACAUUGGCGGAUGGUUAUGACCGGAAAGACAAGGCUCGUGUAGGUGCUGUACUGGCCCCAGACGUGGUGGUCGAUUACUCCUACGUCGUACCAGAAUGGGGUCGCAUCUCCUACAAGGCACUCGACUUCGUCGACUCAUGGCUCGGCCCACAACGACUUGGCGUCCGAGCCUUAGCGACGCAGCAUCUUUUAGGCAUUCCAUAUUUUAAAUCAGUAACAGAGGAAGAGAUAAUCGUUGAGUGGCAACAGCUGGCCAGUCAUGGCCGGCGCGUUAAGGGGCAAGACUAUACACAUCCCAUGUGCAAGAUCGAGGAGAUCAGCGACGGGAGGAGCUGGAUGCGGCAAACGUUUAGUAAAAUUGAAGGGCGAUGGAGAAUAAAAGAGAUCAAACCAGAAGUUAUCUACCAUACGGGCGAUUUUCGACACAUUGGGCGGGAGGACGAGGAAUAG